CAGUGGCUCCCCUUGGCAUCUCACUUGCCUCUUUGCUGAUUGGUUUGGCCAUGAGGAGCUCAAUCUUGAUCCUUGUGGUCCUUGUCUUGCUCUCCUACGUUCCACCAGUGAAAAGUGGACCGAAUAUUUACAUCAACAGGAUCUUCUCUUCAUGCUGGCGAUUGAAAGGGACUUGCAAGUUGAAAUGUACAGGAAGUGAAUUAUAUCAUAUUAUUUGUAAUACUCAGUAUCUGUGCUGCAUCUCCAAAUCCAAUUUACCUAUCCUUGUUGGGAGGUAGCUGUGAGACCGUGAAGGCUCCUGCUCGUUUUUCCUGGGCUUCCAGAUCCUUCUCAGUUGCACCAUCCCACUAAAACCAUGGCUUCAACCCAGCAGUGCUUUUGUGUCUGCUGUGCUUCUCUUGAUUGUCCCUCCUGUAGAAACAC